GCUCCUAAUUUAGCUCACCAAGUGAUAAACUGUGGGAUAUAGCCUGAGCUGAUGCUUGACACCAUCCAGAACUUCUUUGUUCUUCAGAAGGACAUCCAGAAUGGCCAGCAGAAAAGCCGGGACUCGGAGCAAAGCUGCCGCAAAGCAUGCCCAGAGGAGCUCCUCCAAUGUCUUCUCCAUGUUUGAGCAGUCGCAGAUCCAAGAGUUCAAGGAGGCAUUCAGCUGCAUUGACCAGAAUCGUGAUGGCAUUAUCAGCAAAUCAGACUUGAAAGAGACAUACGGUCAGCUGGGGAAAAUAAAUGUGAAGGAGGAAGAGCUGGAUGAGAUGUUAAAGGAAGGGAAAGGGCCAAUUAACUUCACGGUCUUCUUAACACUCUUUGGGGAGAAACUGAACGGCACUGAUCCCGAGGAAUCCAUCCUUGCUGCCUUCAAGUUAUUUGACCCCAACGGAACUGGCUAUGUGAACAAAGAUGAGUUUAAGCAGCUUCUGAUGACUCAGGCAGACAAGUUCACUGCUGAGGAGGUAGAGCAAAUGUUUGCGGUCGCUCCCAUCGACGUGGCCGGAAACAUUGACUACAAAUCCUUGUGCUACAUCAUCACACAUGGUGAUGAGAAGGAAGAGUGAAGAUCUGUGGGGAAAUUGAAAGUUUGCGGAGGCAACUACUGCUAUAUUUGAAUAAAAGGCCCAAUGAGAAAUGAA